CAAAGACACUUGUACUAAUUCGGCGCCCUUUCACCUGUUUUUCUCAGUCACGUUCGCUAUCGCUCAGAAGAAUGCCUAAGCCUAACGUUGGGAUAAACGGUUUUGGUCGGAUUGGUCGUUUGGUAUUGCGGGCGGCGGUAGACCAUGGUCUGGUUGAAGUUACGGCUGUGAAUGACCCAUUUAUUGAUUUGGAGUACAUGAAGUACAUGUUCAAGUAUGAUUCCACUCACGGCACUGUUCCGUAUGAUGUUUGCGUCUCAAAUGGGAAGUUAAUGGUAAAAGGCAUGCCAAUUGCGGUUUACAACGAAAAAGACCCAAACAACAUCCCCUGGUCUAAAACUGGCGCUGAGUACAUCGUAGAGUCGACUGGUGUCUUUACCACGACCGAUAAGGCCAAGGCUCAUCUCACAGGCGGUGCCAAAAAGGUCAUAAUAUCUGCCCCGUCAGCUGAUGCUCCAAUGUUUGUUGUCGGUGUGAACCAUCGUACUUACAAGAAAGACAUGAAUGUAGUUUCCAACGCCUCAUGCACAACUAACUGCUUAGCUCCUCUGGCUCUGGUGGUUCACGAAAAGUUUGGCAUUGCUGAAGGACUUAUGACAACUGUUCACGCUUACACCGCCACUCAGAAGACUGUUGAUGGUCCAUCCAACAAGGCUUGGCGUGAUGGUCGCGGCGCACACCAGAAUAUUAUUCCGGCUUCCACAGGCGCUGCAAAGGCCGUCGGUAAAGUCAUUCCCGAAUUAAAUGGAAAGCUGACGGGUAUGGCUUUCCGUGUUCCCACUCCUGAUGUCUCUGUCGUUGAUCUAACUUGCAAAUUAUCAAAACCUGCCAAGUACAGCGAAAUAAAGGAAGCAAUCAAACAGGCGUCCGAAGGGCCUUUGAAGAACAUCCUUGGUUACACCGAGGAUUUGGUUGUCAGCAUGGACUUCCGUGGCACUUCGCUAUCUUCUAUUUUCGAUGCCGAAGCUGGCAUUCAGCUAAACGAUACUUUCGUGAAAUUAAUCGCCUGGUACGACAACGAAUAUGGGUACAGCUGCCGAGUUGUAGAUUUGAUUGCGCACAUGUACUCAGUCGACCAUUCUUGAAUUUAGUUACCGAUAGCUCUUCAGCAUUUUGUCUCCAUGUAAACGAUUGUUUAAUCAUGUUUCCAGCUUAAUAAAUUGUCUGUCAAGCUCC